AUGCGUUUACCAUCGUUGCCCACCCUGCUCUCGGGCAUCCUCUUCGCCCUCGAAGCGACAACUGCCCAGGCCGCACCAGCAACCAGACAGGCAUCCGGCUCGCUCGCCUUUCUUCCACAACAACCCCUGUUGACAUUCAAGUAUUCAACCUCGAGUGCAAAUGCAAAGAACUGGGUAGGCGUCUAUCAUGCGUCUGGCGGCGGCCCUGAUAAGGAGGAAUUCGUGGAACAGUCCCUGGCAUGGGCCUACGCACCGCAGGGCGAGGGAACAGUGAAGAUUUCGGCGACAGAUCUGCUCCCGGGCGAUUACAAGGCUUUCUUCCUAGCCAACGACGGGUACAAGUGGCUUUCGGAACCGGUCAUCUUCCAAGUGCCCUUUGCCAACCGUCCGGUAGCCUUCAUUGUUAACGAGAUCACUUUGCCCAAUGCACGCCAAGGCGACAAGUACGAGGCCAAGAUUAGUGGACUGAGAAUUGACGGCGGGAGCUCUACAGUCAAGUACAGCAAAGUCCAGGGCGACGACUGGGUAAAGGUUUCCGCUGAUGGCACCAUCUCCGGCACACCGAAUGUCUCCAAAACUUCGAAAGCAACCGUCGAGAUUACCGCGUCCGACGGAUCCUCCGCUCGUCUGCAAGCAACCGUUCCAGUUCGCGCAUCCGGCACUUCCCUGGUUGGUAACCUUGCCGUCAUGACCUAUAACCUCUGGCACGGAGGUACGCAGGUAAACGGCUAUCACGCCAAGCAGGUACGAUUCCUCGCCUCGAGCGGUGCGGAUGUCGUAGGCGUCCAAGAAAGCACGGGUGGGCAUGCCCAGCGCCUCGGUGAUGCUCUGGGAUGGUACUCCUGGCAGGGGAGCGAUGUUGGUAUCAUCAGCAAGUAUCCCAUUACCACGACGCAUGUUCACGAUUCGUGGGGCGGGUAUGUCGAGAUCGCCCUUGGUGAGGAUAAGGUGGUAUUGUGGAACGUGCAUUUGGGAUACACCCCUUACGGGCCGUACGACUUCUGCUUCGACAAGAUGUCAGUUGACAAGGUCCUGAAGAGAGAGGAGGAGUCGAAGCGCACACCACAGAUCAAGUCUGUCGUCAAGGCUAUGCAGACUCAGCUCGCGAACGCGGACAAAGUCCCGGUGUUGUUGGUCGGGGACUUCAACGCGCCCUCGCACAUGGACUGGACGGAUGCCUUGAAGGAUAAGCACUGCGGCCAAGGAUACGUUCCUUGGCCGACAUCGAUAGAGCCUACGAAUGCCGGGCUGGUUGACUCGUUCCGUGUUGCUCACCCAGACCCUAAGAAAGAGUUGGGUAUUACGUGGUCGCCUAUUUUCUUGACGAAUGAGGGGCGACCGGAGCCGAUGGAUCGAAUUGAUUUUGUGUAUCACAAGGGGAAGAAAUUGGCAGUGGCCGACUCGAAGCAUUUGGUUGUGGGUAGCCCCAAGCCUGAACCAAACCAUGCGGACAAUGAGUGGACUUCAGAUCAUGCUGCUGUAUUGACGAACUAUUUGUUUUCGAAAUGA